AGAUCUAACCCUAAUUUGCUGGGUUCCCUUGUUUUUCCUCCUUUUCCUCUUGAUCGUCUCUCGAUACCUCACUCCGUAUAUACCAUGGCCAGAAGAAGGCUUUUCGCCGUGGCUAGGACAUUCGCCUACUGGGACGUUCACAGUUGGCACCCGCCUAAGGAUAGUAUUUUUUUUGCCGACCCUGGUUAUAUUGGUUUGGCAUUCCGCUUGCCUCUUUAUGAAGAGCGUGUUCGAAGCCUGCGGUCAAUCGAUGCUUAUUGUGGUAGGGAUAUGUUCCCCGACGACCAGAUUCUAAAGUGCGAAGAUGUCGGAAUCAACGUCAUGCUCUUGGGGAAUACUAGAUCGGCUUUCGUUAAUUUGAUGUUAUGGGACAUUGCAUCAAUGGCAAGGAACCAGCGUUUUGGAAGUAAAAAACCAAAUUUGGUGGUGUUUUCAAAAAUUUCAGAGCACACGGAGAUGAUGACUAAGGCUCUUGUUUCUUUGAGACGAGUAGGUUGCAAUGUUUUGUUUGCAAUGCCUAAUGAUACCAAUACAUCAUAUGGAGAUUUUGGAGUCUCCUUAUCUGAGGACGAGUAUGGCAAUGUUUCCUUAGCACUGCUGUCUGAUCCCUCAUCAAAAGUCCCAGUAGUGUCUUGUCGAGACCUAUUUGAUGAAGAAAAAGUACUUGCAAAUGUUUAUGAUCCUGAUGAAGAAGAAGAAGAAGAAGAAGAAGAAGAUGUAAUGGAAGUAGAAGAGGUAGAGAGUAGAGUUUCUCCAGAGCCUUAUAUACCCCCCGAGGCAGAGGCAGAGAGUAGUAGCUCUUUCGUCCUUCCCGAAAACGUUGGUACAUGCGUCUUCUGGGACGUCCAGGAUUACCCAGUUCCUCUAGGUCUACAGCCUGAAACGUUUAUUCAGAAUAUUAAGACCGAUCUUGGAACAGAGGAUGACAUCUUAAUCUUGGCUUAUGUUGCUGAUGAGAAAUCUUUCCCGGAUAGCUAUCGUACCCAUUCCAGAUUCACCUCAGUUUCAGCAGACAAAUAUACAAGACUUACUGUGAUGAUGGUGGACAUUAUUUGCUGGGUUGUGAAAAAUCGUUCUGCGUGCCCAAACCUGUUGGUAAUCGCGAAUGCCAGUGUAGAAGAUCAACAAUUCUGGCCAUUUAUUCUAGGUUUGGGAUAUAGAGGUUUCAAUAUUUUUGCAACAAUCCCUGAUACGGACUUACCUGAUGAUAAAACUGAGACGGCGGAAAGGCUUAUGCUUAAUAAGUCCUUAUUGUCUUGGAAAAACCUUUCAUGUAAACGAAAGCGUAAGGGCAUAGAGGAUACUGUUUCUGGUUCUGAUGAAUAACUUCUAUAUGUGACUCUGUUUCGGGUUGUAGAUGUAGAGACAUGAAAUUAAGCUACAAGGAUCUAGUGUAUUUUAUGAGAUUUGGUUCAUUUUACUAAGUUAAUGAAAUUGGAAUGUAAUGUGAGACUAA